UUGAAGUAAGCUAGCGGAGCUGCUCUCUAAAGUGCAGACGGAACCGUGCUUGGCGCCUUCGCUCGUGGGAGGAGCCCAGACAGGAAGUGGAUGCUAGAGCGUCGGGCCUAGUAGCAGACGGACUACUAAUAGAGGACUUUUUUUGAUACUAGCGUAACUCUCUCCCUUCCUCCCUCCCUCCCUUCCUCUCAUCUUCCUUCCCUCCCUUUCUCCCUUUCUCAUUUGCACAUAGCGUCCGUCUGCGCCCCCCCCCAGUGGCGUAUUUGGGAAGGUGUCUCUGCUGCCAGCUAUGCCGCUGCCUGUCGCGCUGCAGAAUCGCUUGGCCAAGAGGGGGAUCCUCAAACAUCUGGAGCCUGAACCAGAGGAAGAGAUCAUUGCUGAGGACUAUGAUGAUGACCCUGUGGACUAUGAGGCCACGCGGUUAGAGGGCCUGCCACCAAGCUGGUACAAGGUGUUUGACCCAUCAUGCGGUCUCCCUUACUACUGGAACGUGGACACAGACCUCGUGUCCUGGCUCUCCCCACAUGACCCCAACUCCAUCGUUACCAAAUCUGCCAAGAAGCUCAGGAGCAGUAACACAGAUACUGAAGAGAAGCUAGACCGGGCCCACGAAAAGUCAGACCGGGGCCAUGAGAAACAAGAUCGCAGCCACGACAAGUCUGACAGGGAUCGAGAGCGUGGCUAUGACAAAGUGGACAGAGAUCGGGAGCGGGAUCGCGACCGUGACCGUGGAUAUGACAAGGCAGAUCGGGACGAGGGCAAGGAGCGGCGUCACCAUCGCCGGGAGGAGCUAGCUCCUUAUCCCAAGAGCAAGAAGGCAAGCCGCAAGGAUGAGGAGUUAGACCCCAUGGACCCCAGCUCGUACUCAGAUGCACCUCGGGGCACUUGGUCAACAGGACUCCCCAAGCGAAAUGAGGCAAAGACGGGGGCGGACACGACAGCUGCAGGACCACUCUUCCAGCAGCGCCCAUACCCAUCCCCGGGGGCUGUGCUGCGGGCCAAUGCCGAGGCCUCACGAACCAAGCAGCAGGACUGAGCACGGGCGGCCAGGGUGGCGGGAAGGGGGUGGGGGAGGCAGGGUGUGUGCAGUAAACGCUUCAUUAAAGCUCAUCUUAAGAUCUUG